AUGCUCAGUGCCAGCCACACCUCUGUUGCUCGCCUUGCUGGAGCCACCUACUGGCGCCCAGCUGUCAGCCUCCACCAGGAUGGCUGGAAUGGUCUUAGUCAUGAGGCUUUUCAAAUUAUUUCAAGGCGAGACUAUGCAUCAGAAGAAAUUAAGGGGGCAGUUAUUGGUAUUGUCUUGGGUACAACUAACUCCUGUGUAGCAGUAAUGGAAGGGAAACAAGCAAAGGUGUUGGAGAAUGCUGAAGGUGCCAGAACCACUCCCUCAGUUGUAGCCUUCACAGCAGACAAUGAGCGCCUUAUUGGCAUGCCAGCCAAAUGACAGGCUGUCACCAACCCAUACAACACAUUCUAUGCCACCAAGCGCCUCAUUGGUGGUCGAUUUGAUGAUCCUGAAGUGCAAAAAGACAUUAAAAAUGUUCCUUUCAAAAUUGUCCGUUCCUCCAAUGGAGAUGCCUGGGUAGAAGCCCAUGGGAAGCUAUAUUCCCCAAGUCAGAUAGGGGCAUUUGUAUUGAUGAAGAUGAAGGAGACUGCAGAAAACUAUCUAGGACAUUCAGCAAAAAAUGCCGUUAUCACUGUGCAUGCUUAUUUCAAUGAUUCUCAGCGACAGGCCACCAAAGAUGCUGGGCAAAUAUCUGGCCUAAAUGUACUUCUAGUGAUUAAUGAGCCUACAGCUGCUGCCUUGGCUUAUGGAUUAGACAAAUCUGAAGACAAAGUCAUUGCUGUAUAUGACUUAGGUGGUGGAACUUUUGAUAUUUCUAUCCUGGAAAUUCAGAAAGGUGUAUUUGAAGUGAAAUCUACCAAUGGAGAAGACCAGGCCUUACUCCAGCACAUUGUAAAGAAGUUCAAGAGAGAGACAGGACUUGACCUGGCCAAAGACAAUAUGGCUCUUCAGAGAGUAUGGGAGGCUUCUGAGAAGGCCAAGUGUGAGCUUUCUUCUUCUGUGCAGACUGACAUCAACUUACCAUAUCUGACUAUGGAUGCUUCUGGGCCCAAGCACUUGAACAAGAAGCCAGCUCGAGCUCAGUUUGAGGGGAUCAUCACUGAUCUCAUCAGGAGGACUAUUUCCCUAUGCCAGAAGGCCAUGCAAGAUGCUGAAGUCAGCAAGAGUGACAUUGGAGAAGUCAUUCUAGUUGAUGGCAUGAGCAGAAUGCACAAGGUUCAGCAGACAGUACAGGAACUCUUUGGCUGGGCCCCUAGUAAAGCUGUCAAUCCUGAUGAGGCUGUGGCUAUUGGAGCUGCCAUUCAAGGAGGUGUAUUAGCUGGUGAUGUCACCGAUGUGCUACUUCUAGAUGUUACUCCCCUUUCUCUGGGCAUUGAGACAUUAGGAGGAGUCUUCACAAAACUAAUCUAUAGAAACACAACUAUUCCAACCAAGAAGAGCCAGGCGUUUUCUACGGCUGCUGAUGGUCAGACACAGGUAGAAAUUAAAGUGUGCCAAGGAGAGAAAGAGAUGGCAACAGACAAUAAACUUCUUGGCCAGUUUACUUUGAUUGGAAUUCCACCAGCCCCAAGUAGAGUUCCAGAGACUGAAGUCACAUUUGACAUUGAUGCUAGUGGAAUUGUACAUGUUUCUGCAAAGGAUAAAGGCACAGGACAGGAACAGCAAAUUGUGAUCCAGUCUUCUGGUGGGUUAAGCAAAGAUGACAUUGAAAAUAUGGUUAAGAAUGCAGAGAAGUAUGCCGAGGAAGACAGGAGAAAGAAAGAACGUGUAGAAGCUGUCAAUAUGGCAGAAGGAAUUAUUCAUGAUACUGAAACAAAGAUGGAAGAAUUCAAAGUCCAACUUCCAGCAGAUGAGGGCAACAAACUUAAAGAAGAAAUCUCUAAAAUGAGAGAUCUCUUGGCUCGCAAAGAUAGUGAAACAAGAGAAAACAUCAGGCAGGCAGCAUCUAUUCUGCAACAAGCAUCAUUAAAGCUCUUCAAAAUGGCAUAUAAAAAGAUGGCCUCUGAGCGAGAAGGCUCUGGAAGUUCUACUUCUGGGGAACAGAAGGAAGAUCAGAAAGAAGGGAAGCAAUAAUGUUACCAGUUGA